ACACACCUGCUGCGUCUGCAUACACGAGCUAUAUAGACAAAGUUUCGUUUACACAGGCGUGCCCAUAGAGUUAGUUCACUUUAUUCGAUUCGACCGUCGGUCAUAACCGACAAGAGCUAGGACAGGUAGACGGGAAGUGAAGAAUGGCUCAGGUGUGUUUCACUGCUUCCCUCGUCGGGUUGCUGUGUUGUCUGUCGGUUCUAAACGCGUGUACGUGGGACCCGGACACGGAGCUCGAGCAGGGUCUGGACAUCAGCUCGUUUGAUAACGGCGCGGCUUACCUGGCUCACCUGCCGGAGAUCACGGACGCAGAGCAGUGUCAGAGUGCUUGCUGUGAGAGAGACGACUGCCAGCUCGCUGUGAUCGGGACUCCGGCGGACGACGGCAGGCCAGAGUGCAUCCUGGUCAGCUGUAUGAAAGACGGCAAAGACGUGUGUGUUUUGACCCAGAGCACACAGUUUAAGGUGUAUCGCAAGAUCCUGGAUAGCGCUGAUCAAGAGCCUCGUUUACAGGACGAAGUUCGCUCUGUAAACAGCACAGAUCACUGCCGUCUCCCAAGUGUGGUGGGAAUUUGCCGCGCUGCCUUCCCACGAUUUUAUUAUGAUGUCACAGAUCAGACCUGCAAGCAGUUCAUCUAUGGCGGCUGUGGAGGCAACGAUAACAACUUUAACUCCCAGGAGGAAUGUGAGGCUUCCUGUAGUGGGGUGACAGUUGCUGUGUCCGAGGAUUCUCAUUCCAUCUCUCAACGUAGCAGAAUGUCUCAACCUGAAAACAACAUUGAUGUUGAACCUCUUCCUGAAAUGACAUCAGAGGAAUUCAAGGCAAAGUGUCUGGCUCCCGCACAGACCGGACUCUGCAGAGCCUCCAUUAGACGCUAUUACUACAACGAUGGCAUUUGUCAACCGUUCACCUUUGGAGGCUGUGGUGGAAACGAGAACAAUUAUAAAACUGAAGAAUCAUGCAUGACCACCUGCACCGUGAAGGUCAUUCCCAGCAGCACGAAGGACCCUGUCGAUCCCAAUUCUCCUAAGAGCUUUGAAGAAACCUGUGCUGCGCCAUCCGACUCUGGCCCGUGCCGUGCAGCCUUCCAGAAGUUUUACUUUGAGCCCAGCACUCAGUCUUGUAAGCGCUUCAUCUAUGGAGGCUGCCAGGGAAACCUAAACCGCUACAGCAGUGAGGAAGAGUGCAUGGCAGCUUGCUCCGGGAAAGACGGCCGUUUUGAUGGACAUACACGUAGCCGCUGGACUCCAGCCUUCUUCCUAGUGGCCACCCUGGCCAUCAUGUCUGCCCUACUUCUGGUAGGUUUGAUCCUGAUUGCAGUGCGCAGACACUCCCAAACGAGUCUCUUCGUAUUGGACGAUAAGGAGGAGUUACUGCCUACAGAGGAGCAGGUGUCCUAUGAGAAGCUGCCCAAAGAAGUCUCAAGCUAAAGCCAGAGGCCUUUUAGUGUCUGGUACGAAUAUCCAUCUCAUGACACUCCAACAUUGAGCUGAAUUAAAACUACUAAGUUACAUUAAAGUUCCAAGUUAAGAAUAAAGUUUUUGUUUCAUUAUUGUUUAAAUUAGAUAUUCUACACCAUUUUUUAACUGUAAAAGUGGGAUAUGUUGCACUAUGAUUUGGUGAGUUGGUUGAAAUACUCCUAUUACCUUCUUUGUCAUCUGUCACUUUUUAUGGUUAUAAUCCUACAUAGAGGUAAAUCAGCUUUCAGGGAUGUAUUUAUUGUCGCAAGCAACAAUAACUUCACUUGUAUGUAUAUGUAUGUAUACAUUUAUAAAUUAGAAUUGAUUGAGUUGAUUUUUAAAGGCUUAUAACACUCAUGGCACAUUUUUAGUGAGAAUGAUUCGAUGUCAUUAAUAAGACAUUAUUAAGUCAUUAAAUCAUUGCUACAGUCCAUAGCCUUGUUCUUUGAUUGUAAGCAUAUAAAAAAUGCAGUAGAUAUGAGAAAAUAAGAAUGCAUACAUGAGAAAAUACAAUAUACCAUAACAGAAAAUGUUUUAUAUGAACAUAUAUUAUCCUGUAGUAUGGAUAGACGUUUGAUGACUCUUUGCCCACUAAUGAAUGUCCUGUAACUGUGACCUAUGACUGUUUCAUUCAUAUCAGCCUAUACUUUUAAAAAAAAAGCAUUGUUAUUUUGAAAUCUUCAAUAAUAAAGGAAAUUUAUUCAG